AUGACAAAAGCAAGUCUUAUAAUUUGGGAUGAAGCUCCUAUGGCACACCGAAAUUGUUUUGAAGCUGUUGAUCGGUCAUUAAAAGAUAUAUUACGUUUUUCUAACCCAAAUAGUGAGGAAACACCUUUUGGAGGAAAAACUAUUGUUUUUGGUGGUGAUUUCAGACAAAUAUUACCAGUGGUAUCAAAAGCACGAAGAGUACAAAUAGUUGAAGCAUCAAUUAAUAAGUCAUCAUUAUGGAACAGUUGCAAAGUUUUCAUUUUGACAAUAAAUAUGAGGUUGAAACAAAACCCAGGUGAUACUACAGCAAGGGAAUUUGCUGAAUGGAUGAUGAAAAUUGGGGAUGGUGAACUUAGUAAUAGUGAAGGUGAAGCAUUGAUUGAAAUACCGCAUGAUUUACUAAUUCAGCCUGCUGCUCAUCCUUUCGAUGAUAUUGUAAAAGCUACCUAUCCUGAUUUCGAUACAAAAUUCAAUGAUUCUAAGUAUUUAGAAGAGAGAGCAAUUUUAGCUCCAACGAAUGAAGUGGUAGAAGACAUAAAUGAUUACAUGAUUGAUCUUAUUAAUGUUGAUGAAGAGACAUAUCUUAGUGCAGAUUCAUUAUAUAAAGCUUCAAGCAAUAUUCUAGACCAAGAUGUCAUGUAUCCAAUAGAGUUUCUCAAUUCAUUAAAGUUCCCUGGUAUUCCAAACCAUAAACUCAAAUUGAAAGUAGGUCUGCCAAUAAUGUUACUUCGAAAUUUAAACCCAAGUAAUGGACUUUGUAAUGGUACUAGACUUUUAGUCACUCAAUUAUCAAAAUGGGUUUUGGAAGCUCAAAUAAUAUCAGGAACUCAUAUUGGAGAAAAAGUGUGUAUUCCAAGAAUAUUCUUAGCCCCUUCUGAUUCCAAAUGGCCCUUUGUACUGAAAAGAAGGCAGUUUCCAGUAUCUGUUUGCUUUGCUAUGAGAAUUAAUAAGAGCCAAGGUCAAUUUCUGCAACGUGUUGGACUUUAUUUAGAUAGACCAAUUUUCAGUCAUGGACAAUUAUAUGUUGCCGUAUCCAGAGUUACAAGUAAAGAUGGUCUUAGGAUACUCAUUGUAGAAAAUGAUAAUGGUGAUCAUUUUCAUACAAAAAAUAUUGUCUACAAAGAAAUAUUUGAUAAUUUGCCUAAAGACAAAAGUCACGUUGCUCCUCGGAUUAACUUUGUGAACGUGUCGACGUUGAACUAUCUCCUUAGAUCGGAGAUUUACGUUGCCCAAGAUGGACAGUUGCGUGCGGCCCAUCUGAUUACUCAGCAGGUGUUCGUGGCUGAUGAGUUUUGCCACGAUAGCCGUAGUCGGGUUGAGGCUGAGACCUAG